CAAGACCUUCACUUCAGUGGUGGGAUAAAGCGGCUGACAUAUGAUGAGAGGGAGAGUGGGUGCGUGAGGCUUCUCAUCGUCUGUUCACUUGUUCAGUGUUUGGAAUACAGUACCUCUGCAGCUGCAGGUACUCUGCCCUCACGUCAUCCCAGAGCGUCUUGGUGGAGCAACCAUGUGGGUGGAGCUGGUGUUGAGUGCUGCCCUGCUCUUCCUGCUGUGGCAAGUGUUGAAGAAACCCAGUGACCUUCCCCCGGGCCGCUGGGGUCUGCCUCUGGUGGGCUAUGUGCCGCUCCCUUUCAAGUCAAUUAGAGAUCACAUCAGGGACCUCUACAAAAAACAUGGGAGUAUCUACAUAUGGCGCAUGGGAGUCCACAACAUAGUGUUCCUCCACGACCAGAAAAUGGCCCGCGAGGCCUACACCAGCACAGACUUCAUCGACAGGCCGCCUUGGCAAAUAUUCUGCAUCAACGAGAAGAGUCCAAAAGGAGUGUUGGGCAGCAAUGGCCUCCUGUGGCAAAACAACCGUCGCUUUGCCCUCAGGCAGUUGCGGGACCUGGGCAUGGGCAAGUCGAAGUUGGUGGCGGCCGUGCACACCCAAGCCGCCAUGAUGGUGGAAGAAUUUGAAAAGCAAGCUGGCCGGCCGGCAUGCAUCCCUCACGCCAUGUCUGUCGCCGUGGUUAACAUUAUUUGGCAGAUGGUCGGCAAUAUUCAGUUCGAAGUCAGUGACCCAAAGUACAUAGAGUUCAGGGAAGCUGUGGACUCAGUGAUGGACUCAGCGAAAAAUCUCUUCAUUUACGAUCUUUUCCCCUGGCUUGAGAAGAUCCUCCCCACGUCCAUUCUGAACUGGAUCUGUCAUCUGGACCUUGUUGAGGAUGCCAAGGAAAAAUUCUUCCAUUACUUCAAGGAGGUGAUUGCUGAACACAAGGAGACGCUGGACCGUGACAACCCAAGGGACCUGAUAGACACUUAUCUGAUGGAGAUGGAGAAAGACAGCCCAGACUCCACCUACAGUGAGAGGGAUCUUUGUUUCCUCAUUCUCGACCUGUUCAACACUGGUUCCUUGACCAUCCGUGACACAACUGUCUGGAUGAUAUUCUACCUGGCCAACCACCCGAAGGUGCAGGAGAAACUGCAGCGGGAGCUUGACGAGGUGCUGCCGCGGGGUACGCUGCCCAGCCUGAAGGACAAACCCAGGUUGCCCUACACGGAGGCAGUGGUACACGAGCUUCUUAGAAUCACUUCACUUUUUGGCCUUGGAGGCCAGCACGUGGCCACUCGUGAUACCAAGCUUGGAGGCUACACCAUCCCGAAGGGCUCCGUGAUCACCAGCGUGAUUUCCGAGAUCCACAGGGACACGCGGCACUGGGACAAUCCCGACGACUUCCUGCCCGAGCGCUGGAUCACUGAAGAGGGCAAGUUCUCUGCCAAGAGGGAAGGAUUCAUGCCCUUUGGAGUUGGGAAGCGGCAGUGUGUCGGAGAGGGACUGGCGCUCAUGGAAGUCUUCAUGUUCACCGUGGCACUGUUUCAGGCCUUCACCUUCACUCCCCCUCCAGGGAAGCUAAUGGAUCUCCGUCCAGACAGCAACAACCCAAAAGGCAACAACCCGAGACUGAUGCAGGAGGUGGUGGCCACAGUUCGGCAGUGAUCCUGAGGCCGCUCCUCAUUAAUACAACUUUUCACUUUAAUCCAUCUCACAAUAAAGCAUUUAAUCUCAA